GCUGUUGGAGUAACACCAGAGCGUUGCAUGGGAACAGCAGCAUGCCAAUACAACAGAUAACUGUGGUUCCAGCCAGGGAUACAGCCAGCAACGGCAAGAGUGUUCCCCGCUCCAAAGACAAGACUGAGCAGGGGAGGAAGGCCCCCGGGCGCUCGGGGAGCCGAUCCAGCAACAUCUCUAAGGCCAGCAACUCCACGACAGGACUAACCACAGCAAGAACGUCAAUCACCCCGUCUUCUCAGGACAUAUGCAGUUCAAGCCAGCUGCCCCGUUUAGAGGAAGAUGCUUCUGAAUCUCACAAACACAACAAGCGCACACACACGUCUGUGAUGACAGUCACCAGCACAGCUCUGAGCUCGUCAGCUCAGGUCCAGAAGAAGCAGGUGAAGCGGCGCCACCGCCGCAAGAGGAGCAGUUGCUCUGCCCUCAACUGUGUGGAAACCAUCGGCAAACAGGAGCAGAGCGACCGCAGCCUCAGCUCUGACCGGAGCGAGCAUGGGGAGAAGAGGGAGCGGCCUUUGAAGGACCGGAGAGAUCUCCCGCCUCGCCUCCGCUGCACAGUGACUCCACAGUUAGACUCUACAUCUGAGGAUGAGACGUGGCGCGAGGCCCGCAGCUGGAGCAAAGAGAAAGCCCGAAGAAUGCACCGCCGCAGAGGAAUCAGCCAAGAGAGGGAUGGGCUGAAUAGGGGUAAAGGAAGGGAAGAUAAAACAGAGGUCAUGGAGCUGCAGUCUGUGGGCUCGGACGACGGGAAGGAGAACCAGCCUCUGGUGGAGGACGCUGGAGGCCUCAAGAAGCGGCACAGCAGCAGGGCCUCGAUGAAGAGAGAUGGCCACGUUUCACAGAGGGAAGGCUCGCAGAGCAGAGAUAAAGAGAAGAGCUGCAAGUCACACAGCCAAGAAGGCAGCUCCUCAUUGGUGGAGGAUGGCGAGGAGCUCGUGACCAAGAGAUACCAGGAGAAGGGGUCAGGGGGUGGGAACAUGUCAGUACCUACACCACAAACACACUGCAGAGAAAAUGGAGGCACACCAGUGCACUGCUUUGAGGACUCUGAUCAGGAGGUCUGCAGGAUCUGCCACUGUGAGGGGGAUGACGAGUACCCAUUGAUAAUGCCUUGUCGCUGCACGGGGAGCCUGGGCUUCGUCCACCAGGCCUGUCUCAACCAGUGGAUCAAAUCCUCGGACACUCGCUGCUGUGAACUCUGCAAGUACGACUUCAUCAUGGAGACGAAGCUCAAACCUUUACGCAAGUGGGAGAAGUUAAACAUGACGAAGAACGAGAAGAGGAAGAUCUUUUGUACAGUGUUAUUUCACCUGAUAGCAAUAGUUUGUAUGUUGUGGUCAGUCUACGUUCUGAUCAAGAGAACCAUGGAAGAGAUCAGAAUUGGGAAGAACGGUGGAGUUCUGGAGUGGCCCUUCUGGACCAAGCUGAUCGUGGUGGCCAUAGGCUUUACAGGCGGCCUCAUCUUCAUGUACAUCCAAUGUAAAGUCUACCUACAGCUGUGGCGCCGCCUCAAGGCUUUCAACCGCAUCAUCACAGUGCAGAACUGCCCUGAGAAAGCCCUGCACAACUCUCAAGGCCGGCAGAGCGGCCUCACCAACGGCACGCACGAAACUGUGACGGUCCCGGUCAGUCCGGCUCUGGUCUCGGCUCCAGAAGCACAGAUGGACUCAGACAUGUCAGUGGAGGCUGCGGUGGCACCGACACAAAACCCCGUCUGACUGAUUCUCCUCCCGCUCAGAGCGCUGAAUCACACCUUUACUCAUCCAACAACACAAGCUGGUGCGAGCACGGUGUGGUUUAGACUCAUAGUGUUAGUGUUGUUCAUCUCAGCUCCUGUGAUUACUGAUCUCGGCACACAAUGGACGAAUAUUAAGACCUUCAGUGAUCAAGAAAAACUGAAAAGCUGAAGGGCUGCGGUGAAGUUGAACGUGCAAAAGGAAGAGCGUGGCAGGCCAUGAAAUGAAGAGGAGGUGAGGAGAUGGAAAACGAAGCCAUCAGCAGGAAACGUUUGUAAAGACUGUAGUCAUGUGGUAUAUAUUGAGUGUUUUAUUCCUGUAUGCACUUUCUCAAACUGCACUGACACAAAUUAAAGGUGUGAACACCCUGUGGAUGCUAUUAAAGGUCUCAGUAUGUUUCAAACGACCAUAAAACAAGACGUCUUGAUAUAAGUGUUCAUAGUUUCCCCAAACACCUACCAUCCAUUUUCAUUUCCGUACGCCUAUCUGGUGGCAGCAGGUUCAGCAUGGUGUUUCACACGUCCCUCUACCCGGCAACACAUUCCAGCUCCUCCUGAGGGAUCCUGAGGUGUUCCUAAGCUAGACAGUGUAGUCCCUCCAGUGUUCUAGUCUCCUUUGGAGAUGUUCCAAAUGGCUACACUCACCGUAAACCUGGUGUCGGGGCACUGGUUGGCCACUAAAUGUUAAAUACAUGUACCUUAAAUACAAGACGAGGUAGUCACUGACAUGGAAAUCAUGGCAGACACUUUGGGAGUCUCUCUUCACAGGUGUUCAUGGUGUUGUAAGACCAGAUGGAGGUAGCAGUGUGAAGAAGUUCACAUCCUGCCUGUUUUUACACCUCCACACACCUGAAGAGGGCGGACGUGAAAGUGGGUUUGCAGAUGCUGUUCGACAAUCUUUGUUUGGAGCAUACUGAGGCCUUCACUCUCCUUCUGGACAAUCAGGUCUUCAGACACCAAAGACUCAGACGUGAUCAGAAAAUAAAACAAUUAUCUGAGCAUAAUCUUUAGCUCAGUCUGAAACUGAAACAUUUAUUUACCAUCAUAGGAAAGUUUGGAAUAUUUCUUAAAAUAGUAAAUCUCACGUAUCGCAGUUGUUUAUGAUGUUUUGCAGCUUCACGUGGUCCUGCUCUGCGAGGUCCCGCUAUCUAUACACUGAUGUAAGUAGAGCUUUCAUGGCUGCCGUCCGGUAAUGUUUUUACAUUAGACUUGACACACUGUGUGAGUGACCGACCAGUCGAUCUACAAAUGGUGACUCUUGUUUGCACUUGUCCACUUUUCUACAGGUUCUUUUUAAAACCAGUGUCACAUCACAGAAGUUUUAUUUUCUCUGUGUCUUAUGU